AAAAAUCUGUCAGACGCCAUGAUUCUUGUUUUCUUUCAGAGAGGGUAGCUAGCUAACAGCCGGAACAGCUGACAUUAAAGUGAAAUAGCUUGCUAGCUAGUAACAAAGGAAACACGCAAUCGCCAUCGCUGUGACUGGUAUGAUCUUACAGUGUUACAGGAAUGCCCAAGGAGAAAUAUGACCCCCCUGACCCCAGGCGGAUGUACACAAUCAUGUCCAGCGAGGAGGCGGCCAGUGGGAAGAAGUCUUACUGGGCAGAGCUGGAGAUCAGUGGUAAGGUGCGGAGCCUGAGUACGGCAUUAUGGUCUCUGACUCACCUCACGGCGCUCCACAUCAGCGACAACUCCCUGUCCCGCAUCCCCCCCGACAUCGCCAAGCUCCACAACCUGGUCUACCUGGACCUCUCCUCCAACAAGAUCCGCAGCCUGCCAGCAGAGCUGGGCAACAUGGUGUCUCUCAGGGAACUUCUUCUGAACAACAACCAGCUGCGUGUGCUGCCGUUUGAGCUGGGCAAGCUGUUCCAGCUUCAGACCCUGGGGCUGAAAGGCAACCCCCUGGCCCAGGAGAUCAUGAGUCUGUACCAGGAACAUGAUGGAACCAGACGCCUCCUCAACUACCUGCUCGACAACCUGGCCGGCACCAAGAGAGUCUCUCCAGAGCAGCCCCCCCAGCGCUCUUGGGUCGUUCUCCAGGAGCCAGACCGGACACGCCCAGCAGCCCUGUUCUCUGUCAUGUGCUACAACGUGCUGUGUGAUAAGUACGCGACGCGCCAGCUGUACGGCUACUGUCCGUCCUGGGCUCUCAGCUGGGACUACCGCAAGAAGAGCAUCAUGCAGGAGAUCCUCAGCUGCAACGCAGACAUCAUCAGCCUGCAGGAAGUGGAGACGGAGCAGUACUACAGCUACUUCCUGCCAGAGCUGAAGGAGCAGGGCUACGAGGGCUUCUUCAGCCCCAAGUCCCGGGCCAGGACCAUGUCAGAGUCUGACCGCAAGCACGUCGACGGCUGUGCCAUCUUCUACAGGACCGAGAAGUUCAGUGUGGUCCAGAAGCACACAGUGGAGUUUAACCAGCUGGCCAUGGCUAACUCAGAGGGCUCGGAGGCCAUGCUGAACAGGGUGAUGACCAAGGACAACAUCGGGGUGGCCGUGCUGCUGGAGGUCCGCAAGGAGAUGAUGGAGCAGAGCGCGGGGAAGUCCCUCCAUGGCAUGGAGAAACAGCUCCUCCUAGUGGCUAACGCCCACAUGCACUGGGACCCGGAGUACUCGGACGUGAAGCUGGUCCAGACCAUGAUGUUCCUGUCUGAGGUGAAGAACAUCGUGGACAAGGCCACGCGCUCCCUCAAGCUCUCCUCCGUCUCCGGGGAGACCAACGCCGUCCCGCUGGUGCUCUGCGCCGACCUCAACUCCCUCCCCGACUCAGGUGUGGUAGAGUACCUGAGUACGGGCGGUGUGGACAGCACCCACAAGGACUUUAAGGAGCUGCGCUACAUCGACAGCCUGACCAACUUCAACUGUAACGGCAAGAACGGCACGUCCAACGGCAGGAUCACGCACGGCUUCAAGCUGAAGAGCGCCUACGAGAACGGCAUGAUGCCGUACACCAACUACACCUUCGACUUCAAGGGCAUCAUCGACUACAUCUUCCACUCCCAGCCGACCCUGAGCGUGCUGGGCGUGCUGGGCCCCCUGGACCCCCAUUGGCUCCAGGAGAACAACGUGAGCGGCUGCCCCCACCCCCACAUCCCCUCCGACCACUUCUGCCUGUUUGCCCAGCUGGAGCUGCUCCUGUCCCUGCCCCCGUGCCCCCUCAACGGCCUGCACAUGCCCGCGCGCAGGUAGUUCCCCCUCCUCUCCUCUCCUCUCCUCUCGCCCCCCCCCCCCCCCCGCCCGCCAGCAGGGGGAGACGGCGCCCGCUCUCUACUCUGCUCUAUUCUGUCACACACGCACGGAGAGAGACGCUCUCGCACGCGUAUUUCGACCUUGUUUUUUUUGGUCCCCCGCCCCCUGCGACGUCGACCGAGAGGACGGAUUAAGACACGUGUUCUACACAGAUCGGAGGACAGCCGGAGGAAAUUGGAAGAGGUGGGGGGGUUCACUCUGUGUACGCACACAUGCACGCACCCCCCCCCCCCCCCCCAACAUGAGGAGGAGCUUCUUCAGGAAUGAGGAAGUCGGAUGUUGUGGACACAGUGACCGGUGUGUGUAGUGUUGUUCUGCGUGUGUGGGGGGUGUUGUGUGUGUGUGUGUGUGUGUGUGUGUGGGGGGGGUGCUCUGGCAUGGGGAAGGGAGACUCCUGGCUGUAGUGUGUCCCUCACAGGACACCUUAGAGAUACCAGCUAGAGUGGCAGCUACACCUAAAUAUCUACCAGCUCGUCUCUCUCCCUAACCCAGACCAGACUAGUCUCUCCUUAACAUGGACCAGGCUAGUCUCUCUCCCUAACCCAGACCAGACUAGUCUCUCCUUAACAUGGACCAGGCUAGUCUCUCUCCCUAACCCAUUCCAGACCAGGCCAGACUCUCUCCUCAGUCCCCCCACCCAACUACACUUACACAUCUAUGUACAAACCCAGACUCCUCCCUCCCCCCCCCCCCACACACACACCCUCCUUCCAAUACAGGACCCAGGGGCCAACCCAACCCAGACACCCCCCCCCCCCCCCCCCAUACAGGACUCAGGGGCCAACCCAACCCCCCUCCCCCAACACUCCCCAGGGUGUCCCUGCACCUGGACUCACCUUGAUUGUACCUCUCCCUCAUCACGCCCCCUGCUCCCCCUGGUCCCCUCCAGCUCAUCCUUUUCUACCUGCCACAGCACUCGCAUUUGGAUGAUGACUAAACGUAUCACAUGAUUGUAUUGUAAAUGAAUCAAGACUAAAUUUGUAUCGAUUUUAAGAGAACACAACUAGUUCAAAGUAACAGACCAGCCUGUAAAAACAAACAAAAACAACGGAUACAAAAAUACAAGGGGCUCUUUCAGGUUUUUUCUGCUGUUAAACUUUGCACUCGGACUGGUUACAUUUGAACCACUUUUAUACAGACCACCUGUAUGGUGCAGGCUCCUUGCUACGUUGCCACAGCAACCGUUUUGGCGUGUGCGUCCAUCACACGCGUGUGCAGUGACGCUACACACAUACAUACACACACACACACACACGGCCUCCCCUUUGUGUGGGAAGCCAGUCCCUCUGUACAGCUUCCCCUCCGUCACCCCUCCUACACCCCUCCUACACACACCACACAGUCCCCUGUUUCCAUACAGUUGCUAUGGAGACUAGCUACCAACCCCCUCUCCCAAUCACUUCCUUAUUGGUAUGUAGAGUAGUCAUGGUAACGUGACAUUUUCUAUGGGCUUGUUUUUCUUCAUUUAAAAAAAAUAAUAAUCUUUUUUCUUUUCUUGAAUUUUGUUGUUGAUGAUGAUGUUGUUUUUUUUUUGUUUUGUUUUUUUUAGCAGCUUGAACUAUUACAGCUCUCCCCAUCCCUCCCCCCCAGAUUGUGUGUCCAUGGUUUUUAUCUCCCCUCUUUUGAGGGGCUGUGUGGGGGUGAGGGGGGGGGGUGAGGCUCAGAGUGCUCUGAUCAUGACCAGGUCCUUGCUGCCUCUUUCCCCUGCCCGCCCACCCCUAUUCCAGUGUAGAGUAUUAUAGUUGUGUAUCUAGAGCCAACUGACUCCUCAACUCAGGCGAUUCUCUGUAUAAAUGUUGUGUUUCAUUUUGUCGUGUAGUUACUUAGUGUGCUGCCUUUCCUCUAGAACCCAUCCCCAGCCCUCCCUGUCCAGUCUAGUGCCAUGGGACGCGGCCACACAAAGGGCCAAUUGCCGUUCACCAAUACUGUAGCACCUGGGUGGGGGUGGGGGGGGCGGGGCUACAUGGAUGGCAGGGGGUGGAGGGGAAGGAGGGGGAGAGAAGGAGGAGCAGGGAGGCAGGGGUGGAGGUGGUCCGUCUGGUCAGUGGUCGUGUCAUUCAGAAACGGGGCGGGGGGGGGGGGGUUAGGAUCAGCUGGAAACAGUGUCAGUGGCGGCUCGUCUGUCAGCAGGCCUUCCCACCACCACCCUUGCGCCUCACCCAUCCUCACCCCCCACGCCUGAAAUAUCUCAAUGUUGUUGUUUUUUUAUGAUUAAAUGGACAAGCACUUCUUGUAGAUCACUAGUGCAGCUACUCGUAUGGCUUUUAUAACCAACCCUCCGGCCAAAUGGCCGGAAGGAGAUUUUAAAAUGAAUUUUACCAAGCAGGAAGUAGGCAGGAAGUAGGCAGGAAGCAGGAAGUAGGCCUCCCCUCUCACCCUGCUCCCUCUCUCCUGCUCUCUUCUGUCAUUCUUUCGUUUUGUUUUCCUUUUUUCCAAACUUUUUGUUGUCGUGGUUUUGCCUCCUACUAAAGCAACGCGUCUGGGUCCUUCUAUCGGGUUGCUGAUGGUGUCGUGGCAAAAAUAUAUUAAAAAAAGAGAUUUGUUUUUUGUAAAUUGUGAAUAAGUGAUGUACUGUUUCCUUGCUUUGAUCUGACUCGUUGCUGUUUAUCAUGGGGGUUGUCACCGGUAGGAUUCUCAUCAUUUGUUUUAUUGUUUACCUCCUUUUUUUUUCUCUUUUUGUUUUGUUAUUCUCAAACCAAAUUUUCUGUUUUGUAAAAAGAUAAUGUUGGCACACUGAAUUCUAGAUUUAUAUGGUUGCUACUAUAUGAUUCCAGUCACAUGAUUUGAACUGUGUCUUUUAACAGAAAACAAAGUCUAGUAAAAUAAAGUGACAGAAAUCCUGAA